CGGACUGCUUGCGGAGCUCCAGUGCCACGCAUAGCAAGCUAGCUACUCGGUCGAUCUGCAAGAGCUUGUUGAUCGGUUGUUGGUUGAUCACUUGGAUUGGAUCUCUCACGAGUCACGCCUGCACACAUGGCGGACCUGGUCUCCGACGUGCUCCUGUCCUUCUUCUGCUGCUGCUUCUACCCUCCCGGGGGGCACCACGACACGCGACACUACCGCGGCCACCCGGCGGGCAGAAACUCCGCGCAUCGUCACCACCACGGCGCCGCGGGUCGUACGGUGCCCAGUCGGAGCAGACCGGCCCUGUCUUUCCAGACGGUGGAGCUCAAGGUCCGGAUGUGCUGCGACGGCUGUGAGCGAGCCGUGAUGCAGUCUCUCGUGAACCUCCGAGGAGUGGACAGUGUGGAGGUGGACGCGGGGACGGGGAACGUGAGGGUGACGGGGUACGUGGAGCGGGGGAAGGUGCUGCGGGAGGUACGGCGCCGGAGCGGGAAGAAGGCGGAGUUCUGGCCGAGCGGCGGCACGCCGCUGCGCUUCGCGUCUCCCGGGGGCUGCUUCGGCGGCGGCGGCGGCGAGCCGUACCGCGACACCUACAGCUACCACCGACGCGGCUACGGUGAUGUUGGUGAUCGUCACGGCCGCACCCGCAGGCCUGCUCGUGGCGGCGACGCCGUCAGCAACAUGUUCAACGACGAUGAUGUCAACGCGUGCGCGAUCAUGUGACGGCUUGACGACGAUAUUCGUGGAACUAUCAUGAAUCUUUUUGUACGAUGAGAUUGUAGUGAAUCUGAUCUCCUUGCCGGAUGCAAAUGUAUUACUCCCUCUGAUUUGUACUAAGCAGCUACAA